UUGUAUUGAUUAUCAUUGCUUUGAUCCGCUCUUCUUUGAUAGUAUCGACAAAACAGCAUCCGCUAGAGUGAUAAACGCGCGCGUCUGUUUACAUUUCUCCUUUCUCCUGUUAUUGGUGGUUAAAUUUAGCUCAAGUUGCAGGCAUCAGCUCAGUAACCGAACAUAUAUACAGCAUGGUCAUUCCUCUCCUCCGUCUCCCCUCAUCGGUGAACUUGGGUUGUGGCUAUCUGGGUACACAAUGUACGACCAUGCUUUUGAUGUAAAACAACUGCGCAAGAGACGGAUAGAAACAGGGGGGCGAAGAGAAGAAGAAGGGGGGACGUGAGUAUCGUGUGGUGUUGCACAAUGUUCAUCUUCAUGGGUCCUUCGCUUCGCGCAAUGGACACGCAACAUCCCUCCAUUUAUCGUUUCAGCUCGUUGCGCACACUUGUAAAUUAGCUGCUCCUUUCCUUGCGAUACGACCUCUUUGCAGCUUCGGCCCCUUCCAUAUUUCAAGCACCUCUCUCAAGUUAAGUGAGAUGACAGAAGAGUAUUAAUAAGACUGAAAAACACAACAUUUUCUUUACUCAUAAACUGAACACUACUGACAAUACUUUGAUAAUAAUCAAAGUAAUUCUCUCAUUCAUAACUACUACUCUGAAAGUUCAGAUGGAUAAGAAAAAGAAAAAGACAACACCUGCUCCAAGACUAGAGAAAGAAGAAAUGACAGAUGACAGGAAAAGAACAAGACAAUCUAAAAAGGCUGAACCAGAAGCAUCCUCAAAGACUAAUAACAGUGAGUUUAAGCAGCAGCUGACUAGGUCAGAGGAGUUAUCAGAUACAAAGUGCAAUCAGUCUGAUGGAAAUGUAAGAUUGAAAAUAGGAGUUGUAGCCAAACGGACAAAGAAGCCCCCAAAAAGUCUGGAGAACUUCAUAUGCAGGCCCACAAUCAGAAUCUCUCAGAGGCUUUCACAUGGAGAUGGCCAUAGUUCAAGUGUGGGUGAAGUCUCCGAUCCUGACCCCAGAUUGGCUAAGAAGUCACAUCGAGAUGUUCAGAAAAAAGAUUGCCUUUCUACAAAAGGUUCCAAAAGAGUCCUUCCCACUUCCAAAAAAGGUGACUCUACUCCAGUCAUUGCUGCACCUAAAAAGGCUCCAUCAAAAAACACAAGGAAGACUGAGUCAAAGUCAUUAUUAACAUCAGAUGGCCCUUCAUAUGCAGUUCAACCACAGACAGAUAGCAAAGUACCACUUUCAGAUAAAAUAACCUCCUCUACCUUAUUGAAGCAGACGCAUUCACCUCCAGCUGCACCUUCGCCGCCUUCCUCAUUACCACAAAACUCCAGUCCACAAGACAGCACGCAAGUUUUAAAUGCUCAAAAAGAGAAGAGUGAUGAUCUCCCAACUGAGGAAGCAAUGACCUCCUCCUUUAGUUCAGAUAGUUCAAAGAAUAUGACACAGAACACUCAGAUAUCUCAGCACUCUUCUUCCAGCCUUGAAACUCACCAUGAAAGCACGUCAUCUCCAAAAAGAUGUAGUGAAAAUUCUCUAAGGCAAACUCUCCGUCCUACAAAAAAGACUUCUAGAACACGGGAGACUAAUGCUGACAGGGUUUUGAAUGCAAAUGAGAAAGAGGAUGGUGAUUAUGCAUCUUCCAAAAACAUGUCUAGGAGUAGAGAAAAUGGUUUACUGCAUCAGCCUAGUCUCUCUAUCAAAGCACCAUUGCUUCCUCCUGCCACAGAUAAAUCUGCAGAAUCAGCAACUCCUGAGAACAACACUAACAUAUCAGAGUUACAGAAGAACAGAGGAAGGUGCAAGAAACACAGCGGAAGUGAAGUCAUAGAUGACUCCAAAAAACUGACUAUGGAACCUGCUAAGACUGUUGCUGUGCAGUCAAAAGAUGUCAGCAGGGUGGGGCAUGUCAUUGAAAAGAAUAAGAAAAGAACUAGGCAUUGUUCAAAUCAGGAAGAAAAUGUGAAAUGUUCCCCUCAGACUUCCAGUGGUGCAGAUUCUCAGUUUAACAGUUCUGCUCAAAGUGAAGAGCCACCCUUACACCCCAAGCAAGACACCAUCUCACAAAAGACCCAAAAAUCUGUUCAGAUUACAAAUAUAGUAAAUCAGGGGGAGAAUAUGGAUUUGGGAGCUUCCAAUGUUAAUUCCACUGCCUGUAAAAACAUACCCCAAAAAUCAAAAGGUAAAAGAGAUCUUUCCAUGAAGUCCUCAAAGGAAUUGCCAUCACAGCAGGGUAAACUAGAUCCAGUCAGACAACCUCUUAAAUCAAAAGAACUACAAAAAACAUCACCUAGAUCAGAAACCGCAUAUAUUGAGCCCCCUAUUAAGAGAAGGGGUCGUCCAAAAAUAACCAAGAUGGAUGAGUCUCCUCAGGGAAGUAAGUCUCAGCAGUCUUCUUCUACGUUCUCUGUACUUGAGCACUCAAAUCUCCCUGGUCCAGAACAUGGCUUGAAACUCCCAAAGCCAACACCUAAAAUACAAAGUCAUCCCAAAUGUCCCCUGUCUGCUCAGACUAAAAAAUCUAAAUCACUACACUUAGCAUCUGGUAAGACAGGAGCUGAAGGAAAACUCAAACCCUCAGUGUCGAGAGUUAGAGAUGCGCAAAUCUGUCGCAAACGAAAUAAGUUAAUAAUGAGGACAAUUAUCAAAAAUAUCAAUAAGAUGAGAGUAAAAAGGAAAGAUAAAGUACUCACGCAGUUUCUUUCAGGGCAAAGUCAAAAUUGCACAACUGAUAUGGCUCAAAAAGACAAUGAAGGUGAUGCUGAAUGUUCAGUGUCGGAUGGUGCACAAUCUUUAUCCUCACUUGUUACAUCUUUUGGAGGGAAACUUGGUCCUCAAAUUAAUGUCAGCAAACGUGGCACAAUCUACAUAGGAAAAAGGAGAGGUCGUAAACCUAAAGCUCAAAUGGAAACUUUUGGUCAAGACUCGGGCCAAGUUCAGAGUCCAAAGACUCAGCAAGUCUCAACAGAAUCUUCAAAUCAGUUAAACAGGUCCACCUCUGGUGAACAGAGUCAAUCAUUUGAUGGCCAUAGUGCUUUGCACAGCUCCCCCUAUUCAUUUAAACAACUCAAGCCCCCUUCAUCUAGUAUCAGUUCUUUCAGGAGAAAACUUUAUCCUGGCAGCUGUAAAUAUGAUCAACAUUCUUCUCCAAAGGUAACAAGUUCCCAAAAGUUUAAAGCAAUGCCUGAAGAGAAAUCUAAACAUCCCACCUCUUCACAGCCAGCACCUUGCCCUUCAGCCACAUCCCAGUUAGGUUCUGUAAGGAUUCAAGAUCACAGAGCAACACACCUUGCACGAUCAGUCCUGAUGGAGCAAGAAAGGCUCAAAUACAAGUGUCCUAGAAAAGGACAUAAUUGCUUUAGCCACGAGAAGAUUAGGAGACAUAAACACAAAUGUAAGAAAAAGUAUCUUCAACUCAGGGCCAAACGGCAAGACCCAGCAUUUCUGGCAGAGGUUGAGGAGUUAGUGGUCAGGCUUAGUGAAAUUCAUAUUGUGCAUCAUCUUUCAUCUCGGGGUUGUGGGGAUGAAGCAAAACCAGGAAGAAAGAGUGGGAAAGGCAAAGCUCACCCUCACGUUCUUCAGUGUCUGCCGCAAAACCUUCACCAUCCAACUAUGUUUCAAAUCAACUUCAGUGGUUAUUACUCUCCUCAGUCAGAAUUUUCUCGUGACUCUCUGCAUUAUGUUGGCCUUGCAGACUUUAAAAGGAACAAUGGCUGCCCCUCACAACCAGGUGAACAUAUUGUCACACAUUGUCCAGUAGUACACAAACUUGGCUUCCCACUGUCAGCAGGUGGUUGUUACCACUCGCCCUACAAAAUGCCUGUCCCUACCACUUCAUUUGGUUUUGGACUCUAUAGAGGAUACCCUCCAUCUGCAACUAUUUACCCGUCAUCACCCUUUUUACCCUCAUAUGUACAUCCCUACUCGAAAAAUCCAAUUUUAAGCCCAUCAAAGUUCCAUAAAAGGAAGCACAAAUUUUUAAGGCAUGAAUCUGAAGUUUGUCAUGGAAAGCCACAUGGGACUUACACUAAUCUAACAUCUCAUUCCUCUAGUGACUGGUUCAGUAGAAAUAGCUGGCAAAGACAAGAUGACAGAGAGCAAGGUAGAGAUAAAAGAUUUGUGGAUGAUAGGUUUAGAGAAAGAGAAGGAUUGGGCGGUUUACUAGGACAAAGUAACCUCAGAAAAGGCCAUUUCAGAAGGGGACUAGGUCUGUCAACAGAUUACCAGUGCUCUACCUCAGCACCCUCAAAACAAGCUGACAAACACAAAACAUCACCGCUUUCAUAUAUUGGACCUGCGCACCUGAGACCGUUAUCAAAAGUUAGGUGGGCAGAGCAUCGGCAGCCAUGGAGGUGGAGAGAGAGCGUUCAGGUAGAGUCGAAGAACAGAGGCUCAAACCAAGAAGGUGAAACAGGAUACCACGAGGAUGACGAUGAAGUUGAUGAAGAUCAACCAUCACCUCCGCCAGUUGACAGAAGCAUCCACCAUCACACUUUCCUGAGGAACACCAAUCUUGCUAGCGCUGCAUUCAGUCAAAUGACAUCCCAAAGGAGUGUUGGUGAAGUUCAGUGUGCUGCUAGAAACUUAAUGACAGCUGGAAGCUCAUUGAUGGAGUCUUGCUCAACUGGAGGAAAACGAUCCUCAGAGAGUUUCAAGCCCGGAGGUUCACUCUUCAGUGAGCACUAUUCCAAUGCAAGUCUCUCUUUUAAUGAAGGCCAAGAAAGAGGAGCACGAGAGAAAAGACCCAGCAUCAGCAAAACACACUUUCAGACCAGCGAUAUCAGACUCUUUUCCUCUUGUUCUGCCACCAAAAACAGCCUUUCUCAUUUCGGUAGUUCUAAAGACUCAACACCAGACAAGGAAAAACUGAAACAUGUCUCGAAUCCUCUCAGGAAAAAGAGUCUUAAAGGUCAAGCGGUCACUGGAGGUGAAGUGAAGAGGAGGGGACGAGGGAGACCACGAAAAAACCCUGCGCCGUGCUUUUCUCCACCACCACCACCUGUACUUGUAGAUUACGAAGUGACAGAGUGUUCUCCAAAGCGGAAAAAAGAUGAAAGAGAUGAUUAUGCUACUGAGUCCAUGGCUCAACAUGAGAAAAGAAAAAGAAAGAGGAAAAGAGAUGACUCUUGGUGCAGCGAAGGGCAAAUAGAUGAAGAUGUAGCUCUGAGCCACGAGCCUUCACAUUCACACACCGACACAUUCUCACCUUCCAAAGAUCCAAUCAGCCAAUCAGAGAGCAGAUCCUCUAUGUCUUCUGAAAAGAAAUAUGAGUGGGCGGGGCUUUACUCGGAUGUGUAUAAAAGCGAGAACCCCAAGAGCCUGUCCUCUCCAGUAUACACAGAGUGCCUGGAGUACGAUCCUGAAGAGCAUGAGCAUGGCCUGCUUCCUGCACCUUUACACGUAGGAAAGUAUCUGAGGCUGAAGCGGAUUGACUUUCAGUUGCCCUAUGAGAUUUAUCGGCUCUGUGCACAUAAAAAGCAUUCUAAAAAGUCAAAGACCCUACAAAAGAUGGCCCCAUCCAAUGAGCCUGUCGAUGUAAUGUCUCAUACUCAAACUGAAGAGAGUUGCUGUAAACCUCAUGACUGCAUUUCUGACAGCACUGACAAAAAUGACACAGACCAACAAACAACACCUACAGAAGAGCCUGGAGAAGAAGUGACUGAAACAGACAUUAACAACACACCUCCCAAUCAGUCUGAUCCUCCCAAACAGCAGGAGAAAGGCAGUGAUGCUGAAAAUAUUCCCUCCCCCCUCCUGAUGAUGCCCUUGUCUUGUGAGGAGAGGAGCUUCGUCUUGGAACAUGGCGUUUUUCUGGUGAGAAACUAUGAGAAAAUGAGAGACAGACAGGGAUUUCUCCUGAGGGAGGAGAUGGUGGAGCCAGAGAACGAAAGCAGAGGAGAUGGAGAGAAGCAGAAAGAGGAUCUUGAAGACACCAGCUCCAAGUCAGACCAGCGUCUGUCUCAGUGGAACCUUUGGUCUGGAUGCAGAGAGCGAGGAGAGGAGAGGAGAAGUGAACAGAGCCCAAACCUCAUGCAUACACUCCAGGGGAUCUAUGACGUCAUCGUCAGUCACAAGGGGUCAUCUGGACAAACCCUCGCCGCUCCCCUGCUGAACCUGUGCUCCAGAAAGAGGUCAGGCUCGGCUCCUGUUGAUCUCACUAUGUUGCAGAAGCAGCUGCACUCUGGCCACUACGAGAGUCUGGAAGCCUUUCAUUCAGACAUGCUGAAGGUGUUCCACUGCGCCGAGAAAUACUAUGGCUGUGAGUCGUCAGUGGGUCGAAAUGUGGGGCAGUUGAGGGAAGUGUAUCACGCUGCUCAUCAGGAGGCCUUCUCUCGAUUCAGACGCUUCCUGUGAGUGACAGAAAAGCACACCAGCGACCUCUAUCAGGACGCUGCUGUUACCAAACCCAGAGGCAUGAUGGGCCUUCCAGAAGGCAGAUGAUGCUCUCCGAUACCAAAGACCUGCUGUAUGUUGCACUCACAGAUGCACUGCACAGGUUAAGAGACAGCACUCCUGGAAAUGCCAUUUGUGAGCAUGAAGCACGGCUGAUGUUUGACAACGUGAUUAAGUUGAAAGCACCUCAGCCUUUCUUUCUCUCAGGGAAAAAAAAGAAAUUAGAGUGAAGAAACAGGAGACAUGAACAACAAAUCAACAUUUGAGACCCCAGAUCCUCACAAAUACCCCAACAACAUGCAAUUCUUUCCAUUUCAGAUGGUAUCACCAUAGAUGGGACAUAUCAUGUUGGAUGGGAUGCAGGAAAUCUUGCAAAGAGACAUGUGCUGCUGUUUUGGGUCAAAGGGACGAACAUGUGCAGACUGUUUUCAAUCAUUUAACAUCUCCAUUAGCAUACAGUACCUACAAGAAAAUGAACUUCACUUAAUGGACAGUUUUUUAAUACAGUGAGAACAGAAUUGUGGUCUACAGCCUUCUUUUUUUACGGAUGGAAACCUAUUUCAGGGUUAAACUAUUAGAAAGAUAAUUCGGACUUUUUACAUGGAGUUUGAGUUUAAAUCUCUUAAGUCAAGUUUUCUCAGAAUAAUAAAAAAAAAAACUUUGUGGAAUAAAUAUUGGGAAAAUUAUCUCAGAACUCCUGAUGGUGUAGAGGGGGGAAAUAAGUCAGAAUUGAGAGACAGAUUGUUACAAAGUCACCUUUAUUUUUGUAUCUAAAAAUUUAGAUACGUUUUUUUUUCUUCUGAAUUUCUAAAAGUUCAAGUUGCGACAUGCAAAUUUGCAUUUGUAGGAAAAAUAAAAGUGAAAAUACUUGCUUAUUUUUUUAAGAAUUGCAAAAAAGUGAAAUUUUAGCCUGAGAGAACACUCCAAAUUGUGAGAUGCAAACUCAGAUUUGCACUUGCGUCAAAUUAAUAAAAGAAGAGUUUCAUAUUUUUUAAAUUGAAACCAGCUUUCAUAAUUUAGUUUUGUGUUGAGGGUCGUAACAAUAAUAUAAGCAAUAAUGCAUGAAUGGUUUCAUGACGCAGCCUUAAUGUAAGCAAGUAUGUUUAUUUGAAAGGGAAUUUCUUAGCACUUUGUGCAGAGCUGUCUUGUGUUAGUGAUGUUUUUACUGGAGCAGUAAUCUUUAUAGCUUUGAGACUUAUAGAAAUGUUUUAUAUUGAUGUAUUUUGUAAAUAAUGUAUAUUUGGAAAAUUAUGUUUUAGUAUGGUUCAAGAAACUCUAUUUAGUCUUAAAUUGUUGUGGGCAAUUCAUGUCUGUUUUUCAUGGAGUCUUUAAUAAUAUUUUUUAUGAAUAGUUUUAAGGUGACUAGAUGCAUGCGUGAUUUUAAAUAGGACAUUCAAUGUCUGUAAAACAUCAGAUUUUUUUGUCUUCAUGCAUGGCAUACUUUAUAUUGCUUUAUCAUGUAUAAUACAGUAGCUGUGUAUACUGUACACACAAUGUAUGCAACACAUUAUAUGUCUAUGCUGAACUAAGAAACUGGUGGUUGGAAGCUUAUUAAGCUGCUUAAAGCAGAACAGAGGAAUUAACGCAGCUACAGUUAACCUCCUAAACUUUUUUUAUUUGCAAAAAAAAAGUUGACAUCUUUGUAUUAGUAAUUGUAUACAAUACAGAAUAUGAAUUACAUUGUCAAAGAAAAAAGAUACAGAAUACAAAUAAUAAAGAACUUGAAAUAAACUUGAGGGUAAGACAUUUAAGAAUCAAUUUUAGUAUAUAAAUUAAAGCCAUUACAAAAUGAAACAGUUCUGUUUGCUUUCUUAUUUUCAGUUUAUGAAAUAAUAUUUAAAUAAUGACAAAAUUUUUGCAUAACAACAGAAAAAUAUGGUAUGGUGUUAGUAAAUUUGCAUUUGUGAAUAUGAAAGUUUAAUAAAUGAACCGUUGUGCAUUCAGAUUUACUACAUUUUAUUGUUUAUAGAUAAUACUGCUUGUCACCAAUCACCUGUGGUAAGGCAGAGAGACAAAUAAACCAACAGCAGAGCUGCA